AUGACAGUAAAUGAUAUUAUUGUAGUAGCAAAAUUUGAUUAUCGUGCUCAAGAACAACGUGAAUUAACAAUAAAAAAACAUGAACGAUUAUUAUUAUUAGAUGAUUCGAAUCAAUGGUGGAAAGUAAAACGAAUCGAAACAGAAGAAAAUGGUUAUAUCCCGUCCAAUUAUGCUCGUCGUGAAAAGCGUUCAUUAUUAGAUAAAAUUAUCUCAAAACGAUCAAAAAAACCGUUUGUACAUGGAAAUAUUCAUCAAUCACCAAAUGCCAGCGUUCUUUUGUCUGAUCGUAUAUUAUCUGUUGCUCAAGUAAAAUUUAAUUAUGACGCCGAAAGUGAGGAUGAAAUUAGUCUGUCCAAAGGUGUAUGGGUAAAUGUUUUACAAAAAAAAACUGAUGGUUGGUGGUUUGUUCAAUAUGAUCAACAACGGGGAUGGUAUCCAUCAACGUAUCUAACAGAAACUUCUACAGAUAGUUGUAAUGGUUUAUCUUUGUUGAAUCAAAUUCAACAAUCAUCAAAUUUGACAAAUAUUAAUUCACCAUCAUCGUCAUCAAACGGUUUAUCUAGUUCAAGCAGUGCCAAUUCGAAUAUGGCAAUAAUCGACGAACAUACGACUAAUCAUCAUCAUUUUAGCAAUGAUCAUCGACAUAAUUCACAUCCGAACAAUAAUACGAAUAAUAAUAGUAAUGCGAUAGCGAACGAUUAUACUUUCGUUAUUAAACCGUCUAAAAUAAAUCAUUCUUACGCACAUUCCGACGGCACACUUGAUUCAUGUUGUUUAUGUAAUCAAGGAAAUGAACAAUCAACAACACUAGUCACAACUAUAACAUCGACAAAAAAAAAUGGACAACAAAAAAAUAGUUCAUGGUGUGCCCUGUUACAUCAUACAAAUAGUGAAUCAACAACAAAUAAUCCGUUAAUAAGUGCAAAUUCUCUAGGUAGUGAUCAAGGUAGUUCGGCCGUCUCAUCACUAACAAAUGGAAGUGAUCCAAUGCACUCGUUAGAUGGUGUAUUACAAUCAUUAACAUUAAAGCCAAAUCAGAAUCAUCGUCAACAUAACAACAAUAAUAGUGAGUCUAUACAUACCGAAGAGUUAUGGUACUAUGGAAUGAUUGGACGAGAAGAUGCAGAAAAAUUAUUGAAAACACAUGGAAGUGAUGGUGAUUUUUUGAUACGUGACAGUGAAAGAAGGGCUGGCAAUUAUUCAUUAAGCUUAAAAGCUGACGAUCGUAUAAGACAUUUUCGUAUUGAAAAUUUAGACAAUCGUUUUGUUAUUGGUAAACGUUCAUUUUUAACAUUACAAGAAUUAAUUGAACAUUAUAAAUCUCAUCCAAUUUACGAUGGUGAAGGAAUUAAAUUAUAUUUGUGUAAACCAUUAAAUGUUGCUGUUGAUUGA